AUGCUCUGCUGGCCAAUCUCCUCUGUUGCCUGCGGUUAUGGAUUCACGCUGCUGUCCUCUAAUACGACAGACAUCAUCAAAGUGUGGGGCAUGGGGCUGAACAAGGAUUCCCAGCUUGGAUUUCAGCGAAGCAUAAGAGAUCGAACUAAGGGCUAUGAAUAUGUCUUGGAACCAUCUCCAAUUCCAUUACCGUUGGAGAAGCCGCAGCAAACUCGAGUCUUGCAGGUGUCCUGUGGGAGAGCCCAUUCCCUGAUCCUGACAGAUAGUGAAGGAGUUUUCACCAUGGGGAACAAUUCUUAUGGACAGUGUGGCCGGAAGGUUGUUGAAGAUGAAACUUACAGUGAGAGCCAUCUAAUUCAUCAGCUGAAGGAGUUUGACAGCAGAGUUGUCCAGGUUGUGUGUGGGCAGGACCACAGUCUGUUUAGAACCAAGAAAGGUGCGGUCUAUGCAUGUGGAUGGGGAGCUGAUGGACAAACAGGUCUUGGACACUACAACAUCACCAGUGUUCCUACUAAGCUACGUGGUGACAUUGCUGGAGUAAACAUUAUCCAGGUCUCUUCCUAUGGGGACUGUUGUCUGGCUGUUUCAGAUGAAGGAGACGUCUUCGGUUGGGGAAAUUCAGAAUACUUGCAGUUGGCAUCUGUCACAGAAACCACACAGGUGAAUGUUCCCAGACAUUUGCCAUUCAAGAUUGGGAAGAUAAAGGAGGCUGCAUGUGGAGGGACUGGCAAUAUUGUGUUAACGGAAGAAGGAAAUGUUUUUGUCUGGGGAUAUGGAAUUCUUGGGAAAGGACCAAACCUAAUAGAGACAGCAGUGCCAGAGAUGAUCCCACCCAGCCUUUUUGGCUGGUCAGACUUCAAUCCGGACAUCCGUGUUGCUCACGUUCGCUGUGGACUCAGCCAGUUUGCGGCACUUACAAACAGAGGAGAACUGUUUGUAUGGGGCAAGAAUCUAAGAGGGUGCCUGGGAACUGGAAGAAUGGAAGACCAAUAUUUCCCAUGGAGGGUGACUGUUCCCGGUGAGGUGGUGGAUGUUGCAUGUGGAGUUGAUCAUAUGGUAAGCAUGGCUAAGUCUUUCACCUAGUGAUAUCGCUGGGCCUCAGCACUGUGCUAAGAAGACAGGGGGACUUGGUGACGAGUUUCUUGGAAAGGAAGACUCAUUCUGUGAAGCCAAGCAAGAAGUGACUGUGAGCAGAGACAGCCAUAGCAGUGCCUGGGUGUGUUUUCAUUUGCAUCAUUGAAAUGCUCUGGCCUGGCUGCAGGAAGGAUGUACGUUCCCCGAGGAGAGUGGAAAUGCAGGGAGUGCUUUGGCUGGUUCAUGAUGAGCUCCCAAAGAGACUGAGGCCCAGCCCACAGCUGAUGAGUCCCUCUGUGUGUAAGGAUGAAGAGCAUCUCCCUCAGGGAAAACUGGCACGAAGUGAAAUCUGUAGCACAGGACUCGUUUAUGGAUGCUUUCCCUGUCACCAGCUCUGGGGUGUCGGUGUUGGGUUGAGCCAAACUAUUUCUCAAGGGAAAGGGUUUUUUAAUAACUGUUUUUUAUGUGGAAGAAAAGUCGUGCCGGCUGUUGGAGUUCAGCACAGCCGUCCUCGGCAUCCGCCACCAGCUGCACUCUGCCCAGGCUGCUGUUCCCUGUGGAAGCUGGAUGCACGGCCGGUGGCCUGGAGACAGUGGUGUGCUAGCAGGGAAAGGAGUCUUAAUGGGCAAGAAGGCAGAGCCUUGUUUCUUGGUACUUUCUUAGCAGAGAAGUUGUGGUGAGCGCGUUUAGGACACAGUAGGCUGCUGGAGGUGGGAUGCAACAGCUGUAUGUACCUGUAGCAGGCACUUACCAAAUCUCAUCCAGAAGUGUGGGAAACUGUCUCCUGUGAAAUACACCAAACAUCAGGCAGCAGAGUUGUGUAACUUUUUUCUGUGUGGGAUACUUCUACUGUGUAAAUUAUUUUGGCAAAAAUCCAAGCUGAUAAUGUUUUUAAUAAAGUGGUAAUGGAAAUAUUCUUGAGCUUGACUUCACACACGGGCUGCUCAGUCUUGCAGCCUGCAUUUAAACUUAAGCAUUUUGGUUCACAGUGAUGUGACAGGAAACCUCGCGUGUCAACUGAGGCACCUCUGCACCUGCAGGACUGAUACUGUUGUAGGCAGGCACUGUAUCCACCGUCCCAGGGGACACCACGUACUCACACUUUGGCUCUGUUAUCUGAAAUUCUGUAUCAAAUCUGUUGUGUAAUUACCAAAAUUCAGGGGUGAACUACCUUGAUGAAGUAAGUCUUGAAGGACUUUGCAUAAAAUAUAGGAGAGUUGAAACAAAGU